GCGCAGUUUCUGCUUCAAUCUAAUUGGCUGGUUUCAAACUAAGACCGCGUCUGCGUUGUUAUGCUAAGCUCAACGCACAUCAGCGCAUAAAGGGAAAGGAGAAUCAUGGACUCGAGCCUGAGCAACAAGACUGACCGAUUGGAACAAACACAAGUGGAAGAUUUGAAAAGUGAAUUCACUUCGGAAUGUAGCUUUCUACCGGACUCUCAGCAUUCCUGCUUGGGGGAAAAGCAGCACCUUCAGGUGUACCUCAGAAUCCGACCUUUCACCUCAGAGGAGAUCAAGAGUGGAGAAUCGCAGGAUUGCGUCACUAUUGAGGGUUUAGACACAGUCCUGCUGAGGCCUCCCAGCAGCCCCGCCGUCUCAGCCAGAUUCAGCACAGACAGAGCUCUUCCACAGGCUGGACAGCGCUUCCGCUUCUCCAAGGUGUAUGGUCCGGAGACGACGCAGAGAGAACUGUUUGACGGCACAGUGAAAGACCUGGUGAAAGAUGCCCUUGAAGGGACGAGCACUCUGGUUUUUACAUAUGGAGUCACAAACGCUGGGAAGACCUUCACCUUCUUAGGUCCAGAUGCUCAUGCUGGCAUCCUGCCUCGGUCUCUAGAUGUCAUCUUCAACAGUAUGGAGGGGCAGGUCCUCUGCGGUAUGAGCAUUAAGCCUCAUCGCUGCAGGGAGUUCACAAGACUCAGCAGGGAGCAGCAGGCAGAGGAAGAAUUGUUCAAGAGGAACCUCUUCAGACAAAAUGUUGAGAACGACAAGAGCAAAAGCAGCUUAUCCAAUUUGAGCAGCGAAACAGCAGACUCCUUCAUUGAGAAGACAGCUGCAGCAGCCGAAGACGGUUUCAAGCUGAAGGUUGAAGCAAACACGAAAUUCUCCGUUUGGGUUUCUUUCUGUGAAAUCUACAAUGAGAACAUCCACGACCUCCUGGAGGUGACGCCCAGCGGGGCGCCGAGGAGGACAGCGCUGCGCCUGUCGCAGGACAUCAAGGGGAACGCCUUCAUCAAAGAUCUCCGUUGGGUUCAGGUGGACACUGCAGAGGAGGCCUACAAAGUAGUAAAGCUGGGAAAGAAGAAUCAGAGUUUCUGCUCCACUCGGCUGAAUAAUCUCUCCAGCAGGAGCCACAGUAUUUUCUCCAUUCGAAUUUUGAGGAUUGAAGAUGCUGAAAUGCCCCGAGUCAGCACAGUCAGCGAGCUGUGUCUGUGUGACCUCGCCGGCUCUGAGCGCUGUGCGAAGACGCAGAAUAAAGGAGAGAGACUGAAGGAAGCUGGCAACAUCAACACGUCACUUCUUAUCCUGGGGAAAUGCAUCAAUGCGCUGCGCCACAAACAACAGACAAAGCUGUUGCAGCACGUUCCCUUCAGGGAAAGCAAGCUGACGCACUACCUGCAGGGUUUUUUCUGUGGUCGCGGUAAAACCUGCAUGAUCGUCAACAUCAACCAGUGUGCCUCCAUGUUCGACGAGACUCUGAGUGUCCUCAAAUUCUCUGCUGUGGCACAGAAGGUUGUAGUUUUGUUUUCAAGACCCCUUGUCGUCAUGCCACCGACAUCCACUAGUGACGUGGCCUUAACCCAGAGUGCUGAGAGAAAGGCUCUUUACAGCACUGACAGAAGCUCCCUGAUUGGAUGGGAAAGUAGCCUUGAUGAUGUGCAGGAAGAUGAAAACUACGAAGAAGACUUGAGCGUCAUGGACGACACUGCAGAUUACUCUGUCGAUGACUGUGAUGAGAAAAUGCUCAUCAGUAAAGGAAAGCUGCAGAGGAUGACGGCCGAGUUGAAGCAGCUGCAGGUUCAGCUGAAGAAGGAACGAGCAGAGAGCAUGCUCCUGGAGGCUCGGAUCAGGGAAGAAACCAGUCAAGAGUUCUCCCAGCUCUUCCACGAGAUGCAGAAUGACUUCACUGAACGUCUGGCACGGGAAAAGGAGAUCUUGGAAGAGCGAGCUGAAAAAAGGAUGCAGAUUUGCAGGAACCUCAUCAACAAAAUGUACACUUCUGGCUCUAGUCAAGAUGCACAGGACAUGGACACAUCUGUAGACUCUGCUGAACUGCCAGACAGAGAUUCUGCAGAGGUAUCGCAUCUCCGCCGAGGCUCAAGCCAAGCUGGUCCUCAGACACGCAGAACUGAUGCUGGAAUGAAGCUGGAGUCCAGCGAUCUGCAGAAAAACCAGAAGCAACUGGCUGACGAGCCUGAUGCGGUUGAGGAGAAGAGGCUGCUUGUGCUUCAGCUCCAGGAGAAAUCAGCAGAAGUUGCUCAACUAACAGAACGACUUGAAGGCCUGCAGAAAUUGCUGGAUCAGGCCUCAGCCACCCCCUCUGAGGAGCCUGACCAGAGAAGUCCCCACAAGACAAAUCGGCUGGAGGAGGCCUUGGCUGCCCUUGAGAAGGCGAAAACUGAAAAGGAAGAUGCCUUUGCUGCUCUGGAGUACCAGACUCUAGGAAAAGAAGAGGCUUUGACUUUCUUAGAGGAGGAGAGGAAAGCAAGGGAGGAGGCUGUUGCCUCUCUCAAGGACCUCAGGAAACUCAAAGAUGAAAUGCAGGAAUUGCUUGAACAAGAGAAAAGAAGCAGAGAAAAGGCUGCGGCUGAUCUUGAAGCCGAGAAGAGAGCAAACGAGGAUUUGGUUUUAGCACUUUCACAAGAGAAGCAAAGCAGGGAGGAUGCUCACGCUGCUCUUUGUGCAGAGAGGAGGCAGACACAGGAGGUCCAGUCUGCUCUAGAGUCUGAGUGGAAGAAAAAUGGUGAGCUGGCUGAAGAGAGAGAAAAGAUGCAGCAGAAGAUUGAUGCUUUGCAGCUUGAACUUCAACAGCUGACUGAGAAACUGGAGGCGGCAGAGCAGCAGGUGGCCAACAAGACUGAAGUUGCAGAGCAAGCUCUUAGCCAGCUAGGAGGUCUUCAAACACAACUGGAAACUGAAUCCAGUGAAGUCCAGGAGAAAAGCUGUCAGUUAAAAACCUUAACCCAAAAGCUUCAGACACUAAAAGAGCAACUCCAGGCCACUCACCUUUCAUCAGAAGGUGACAGAGAAGAGCUUAAGGAGGAACUGUUGGAACUUAAGACAAAACUGGCCGAGGAGAAGGAGCAAAAGGAGAAGGCCCAAAGUCACAUGCAGGAGCUGGAGCGUGAGCUAACACAAGGUAGGGAGCAGUUGGCCCAAAACCAGCUGGUUUCAGAGCAGAUUUCAGAUCAACUGAAUCAGACAGAAGCAUCCUCAAAAGAGGAACAAGAACGCAUGUUGCACAAACUAACAGAUGAGCUCCGAGCUCAGUUUGAAUGUCAGCAACAGGUCUCUAAAGAGGAAGUGGAUCAGCUCAGAGCUAAACUUCAGGAGCAGACGGAGGCCUCGGAGAAUCAAAUAAGGCAUCUGAAUGAAAAGCUUCAAGAACAAGACCUGUUAUGUAAACAGCAGCAUGAGGACUGGACACAGAAACUGAGCCAAGAAAGGGAAACCUCCAGCAAACAGCUGAAUGAUCUCACAGAAAAGCUCAGCCAGAAGGAUCAAGCCCUGGAGCUGCUGGAGGCCAACCUCAAACAGAAAGUGUCUAACUUGAAGACUGAAGAAGAUCUGAGGAGAUUGAACUCAGACCUCCAGAGCAAAGUUGCAUUUCUUAAAGUAAAACUUUCCAGCAUGGAAGCAAAAGAGACCUCUGUUGAUGUAGAACAAAUGCUAAAAGAGAAGGACAAGCAGAUGGAGGAGAAGCUGGCAGAGCUGAAGAAAUCAUCCGAGGACAGAGAGGCUGAGCUUCUGAAGAAAAUGCUGGAAGCUGAGGCAGAAGUCGCGUCCUUGCAGAAGGGUUUGCAGGCAGCACAGGAAAAGCGUGAGGACGAGGAGUGUCAGGCAGUGCGGGAGGCCAGACGCAAGGAGGUAGAGAGGCGCAAGGAGCUGCUAGCUGUGGCACACGAGGCCAUCGCGCAGAAGGAUGCAGAGCUGGAGAAGAGAGCUGAGGAGAUCAGCAGACUGAAGGAAAUCGCAAAACAGGACUCAGAGAAAAUGAAGAAUCUCAGUCUUGAUCUUCAGAGGAAAGAAGAGGACUCUUCAGACCUCCAGGAAAAACUGACGGACUACAAGAAGCAAAUGCAGCAGGUCCAGAAGGAGAUUGCUGCUAUGAGAGAAGAGGAAAAGGUCCUGAGGCAGAAGCUGGCUGACAUAGAGAAAAGCAAGAAGCAGCUUCAGUGCGACCUCAGUACCAGAGACAGAACCAUCCAACAGCUCAGACUGGACCAAUCCAACACAAAAUGUGAUGAAACCCACCAGCUCUACAGUAAGGCCUGUAAAGACCUGGAGGCAAAGGAGCGUGUGUUGGAGGAAAUGCGAUUGGCUCUAGUGGAGCAGGACGACACGCAGGAGAAGAUGGAAAAAGUCCUAGAGGAGAAGCUUACCCACAUCCAGGAACUCUGCAACGAGGUGGACAUGUUGAAGAGCGUGCUGCUGCAGCAAAGCAGUGACGGCAUCGCACAGAAAGAAGGCAACAAACCAUCAGAGGAGCUCAGGCAGGCAAAGGAGGAAACUUCUCAAGUUCAAGAAAGCUUAAAGAUGAUGACAGAAAAACAGCAGACUGAACGAAAGAAGUGGCUGGAAGAAAAACUGUCUCUGAUUGGCCAAGCCAAAGAGGCUGAGGACAAGAGGAAUCGAGAAAUGAGGAAGUUUGCAGAAGACCGAGAACGCUACACUCGACAGCAAGGCCAGCUGGAGUCCCAGCUUCUGGAAAAGGAGAAGACGAUGGAGAACUGGAGGAAGGAGAGGGACACUCUGGUUGCAGCUUUGGAAGUUCAGCUGCAGAAACUUCUUUCCAGCCAAGCAGAAAAAGACAGACUGAUUGAGCAGCUACGCCAGCAAAACACACAGCCACCACAAGAGGUUCAAGGUGUUGAAAGCAGCUCCAACACGGCAAAUCUGCAAGCAUGUGUGACUGAAAAAGAGGCUGAGGUCCUGCAGCUGAGGAGAGACCUGGAGGAGAUCAGAGCCACACAGUCCAAGAGCAAUGAAGGCCCUGCCACACUGACGAGGGAACCCAAGUGUGAAACCACGAUGUCUGGAAAGGAGGAUGUCAGAGCUUCAGGCAGCAGUCAGGGCUCCACUGGCUUUCCAUCAGUCCUGGACUCUUCUGAAAUCUCCACAGAAAACGGGAGAUCGAGCCGCUUCCCGCGGCCAGAGCUGGAGAUCUCCUUCAGCCCCCUGCAGCCAAACCGCAUGGCUCUGCGGCGGCAGGGAGAGGAGAGCGCCGUCACUGUCAAAAUCACCCGUACAGCACGUAAGAGGAAGAGUGGAGAAAUGGAAAAGUCUUAUAUUUUUAGGAGGAGUAAACGACAAGCAACGCGUGAGGAAGAGGUGGAGGCAGAGAACAGGAGGAAUACAAGAAGCAAACUGACGCCAAAGCUGACCCCACAAAAAGAAGAGAGCUCCUCCCCAGCAGGUUGCCAUGACUCCCAGAGCAGCGUCCGCAGCAGGAAGGAGGGCACGCUGCAGAAGAUUGGAGACUUCUUGCAAAGCUCCCCAACGCUGCUGGGCUCUAAAGCCAAGAAAAUGAUGAGUCUGGUGAGCGGUCGAACUGAAGCAGACUCAGCAGCCUCCUCUUCCUCACUAGCUCUGAGAGCCAAAAAGAAUCGAAAAAAACUCUACAGACCUGAAAUCUCCUCUCCCAUGGAAAUGCCUUCCCACCCUAUCCUCUGCAGAGAGCCGGAAAGCAAAGAGAGCGACCAUCAGAUCAUCAAGCGCCGCCUUCGCUCCAGAGUGGCUAAAUAAGUAAACUCUGCACAAAUUUUAAUUUCAGUUACUACAGAAAUAAAGUAUUAAGAAUGUUCUUCACUUAAAACACUAGUUUAUCUUAGAUUGUAAUAUUUUGCUGUAAAAUCUGAUUUAGUUAAAAAAAGAUUACUUUUGUAAUAUUUGAGUAUUAUGCUGAUUUGUACUGUAAGUGGUGAUGGAGAGAAUCGUCACGGUUCAUAAACACGUAGAAGCCGCCUCCUCCUGCUUAAUAUAACCUACAUUUGUCAUCAGCAUACUCACUUAACAGUCUCUUACAUUUAAUGAAAGUUACUCUCAUUUUUUUUUGUCUUUUUUAUUACUGCUACUGCUAAAUAAUUAAAUACUUUAUAAUGUGAUCAACAUACUUCUCACUGACACUUCCUAAACAUGCUGCUUAUGGCCUACUGGAAACAUUCCCAUCGUUAAAUGUAAAUUCAACAAACCUCUGAGAAACUUUGCAAAGUUCUUUAAAAAUAAUUUCCAUUCCAGACUGCAAGUCGUAAACACUUCUGUGUGUCUUUCAUUCCACCUUUUAACCUGGUGUUUGUGUCAAACUAUUUAAAACUUGUUUGUGAAAGACACAAAGACUGAACAGUGCAAAAAUUCCCAGAUUCCUUAUCACAGAUGUUUUUUUUUUUCCGGUUUAAUAAUUGGAGCUUUUAUUGAUAUGUUUGCUAGGUUUCUUAAAUCAGAAUCUAAAUGUUUCCAGUGACGCAGAUGCAAUUUAUGAAGCUUUUUGCUUGAACAUGCAUGUCACAACUCCACAUGCACUUUAUCUCAUCCUAAACGCAGAUGCGGGAUGGGAAACCCCAUGUAUUUAAGAAAAACAGGAAGCGGAAUGGAAUUUCUACUAGUUCUGUUAUGUUUCAGUCGUUUGGUUCCUUUUCUUUUUUUUUUUGGCACAUGUUGAGCAAACACAGUACUUUUCAUGUCAUGUUCUGUUCAAGAUGAAGGAUGGUUCUUUUGAGCCUUUUGUAAGAAAAAAGGUUUAUUUCUUGCUCUUUUAUGUUUCUUAUUGUAUUUCUUUGACUUUUUUUGGCACGUUCAAUUGCCAAAUAAAGAUGCACCUUAUAGCAAAUACUGACA